GAUAAACAUCACCACUUCUAUAGUGCAAGAGACAAAGCAGCUUACACUUUGAUAAAAAGGCACAAAGAUUUGUUAUUGAAGCCGGUUUUACAAGUGGGCAUUUAUUUUUAUUUUUGGGUUCCCCUGUUAACAAGUCAAACCGGUUUGUCAGAUUGAAGAACAGUUAUCAUCCCUGCCAAUAAUCGCACCUUUAUUGGCAAGCUGGUCAGCUUGAGGUUAUACUUUAAUGGAUGCGCUAUAACCAGAUUCUUCUGAAUCUAACAAAAACACAAGUGGCCAUGAAGAAGAAUAUGUGGGCAUCAUUGUGCCAAUUACUCCUGUUUGGAUCUAUGCUACAUUAUGGAUUUGCUGUUGAUAAACCACCUGUAUUUGUGAAAGACAUGAAUGGUCUAGAGUUAAGUGAAGAUACAGACACAGGUACCAUGGUAUACACAUUAAAAGGAACUGACCCUGAAGGACGAACAGUGAAAUACUCAAUAAGUACAAAUGUCUUUUCUGUUGAUACAUACAGUGGUGAAGUUACUCUUGUAAGGCGUCUUGAUUAUGAGAACACUAAAGUUGUUCGUGUCACAGUCACCAUUUCUGAUGGUCUAAAUGUGGUACCCCGUGAUGUCAUAGUCAGCAUAAAAGACACCAAUGAUGUAAUCCCAAGUUUUUCCAAUGAAACAUAUUCUGUAAAGGUCCCAGAAAAUACUCCUGUUAACCAGAUCCUUCUGAAGAACAUCGAAGUAAAAGAUGCAGAUGGUGUUAACUCUCUCAUCCAAGUUACCUGCAACCCUGGAACAGCACAUCAAGAAGAUUGCCAGACAUUUAAAUUAGAACGAACAGCAAAAUUAAAUUCUAACUCUUGGAAGGGUCAACUCAGACUGGCCAAACAACUUAAUUAUGAGAGAAAGGAAAGUUAUCAAGUACCCUUGGUGGCAUUUGACGGUAAAAACAACAAGACACAAAGUGUUGAAAUACAAGUAGAGGAUGUUGCUGAUUCUCCACCAUAUUUUGUGGCGGCUUUCUCUGUGUCAUUGGAGGAAGUGGAUAACAUAGGAACAUUUAUUACAAAUAUUAAAGCUGUAGAUGGAGAUAUGUCAAAUCCACGAAAAAUAUACUAUGAAAUUUCCAAUGUUUCAGAUUCAUAUCAGUACUUCAGAAUCGAUCCAUUGAACGGAACAAUAACCAACAAGGUGCCUCUAGAUCAUGAAGAUCCCAACCUACAAUUUAGCGCCAUAACCAUACCUUUAAAGGUACGCGAGAUAAUUAGUGAGAACCCACUGGAACUAGGUGAUACACCAUCUACAACUGCAACAACUACCAUUCAGGUCACUCUUUUGGAUAUCAAUGACAAUAAACCAGUGUUUAGUUCAAACUACACAGCCAGAAUACCAGAGGACAUAUUGGACAACACUGUUGUUCCUCAAUUAUGGAUGACUGUUACUGACAGUGAUUCUAGGUUGUUUGCCAACUACAGCUUUCAGGUGGAAACAUUUGAUGAAAUUUUUGCUGCAAACCCUAAAUUUGGAGAGAGUAGGUCAAUUGUUGGAUUAAAGAUGAAGAACACUUCCUAUAUUGAUUAUGAAAAGGGGCCGCGAGUUUAUAACUUUCAGGUAAUUGCACGAGAAAUCAACACAAAAGAAAUGUACUCAGGAAGUACAUACAUCACUAUUUAUGUGGAUGAUGUUAAUGACAAUGCCCCAAGGGUGGACAAGUCUCCUUUGAUUGAGAAAAUUUCAGAAAAUGCUGCACCUGGACUGCAAAUAAUUAACAUAAAUGUAAGAACGCUGUUGCUGUUAUUGUUGGAAAAUUGA